CUCUCCACCUUCUAACCGGUGUUGUCUACGUUGCUUUCAAGACAUUCACCAGAAAAGCUGUGCGUGUCAUCAGCCACCACAUCCUGCCUGGAGCGAUGGGAGAGGCCGAGACGCGCCAGAAAUUGCUGCGCAAUGUGAAGAAAGAGGUGAAACAAAUUAUGGAGGAGGCAGUAACGAGGAAAUUUGUGCAUGCUGACAGCAGCCACAUCAUAUCUUUCUGUGCUGUAGUGGAGGCCUGUGUGCUUCAUGGACUGAAGCGCCGUAUUGCAGGCCUGCUGUGCAGUAACAAGGUUGCAGCACUCUUUAUGAAGGUGGCAAAAAGCUUUUCACCUGCUGAGGAACUCUGCCACAAGGUCCAGGAGCUGGAACAGCUUAUUGAAAACAGCAAACAGAACAAUUCCUCAGUGAGUAAUGACCGCAGUCGGCAAUCGAAGUUGGCCAACCUCCCUCCUCAGGCACUGAAACACCUGUGGAUCCGAACUGCCCUGAUGGAGAAGCUCUUAGACAAGAUUGUCCUGUACUUGGUAGAGAACAGCAGUGCCUUCUAUGAGAAAGAAGCUAUGCUGAUGGAUCCUGUGGAUGGACCAAUUCUUGCAUCUCUAUUGGUUGGCCCCUGUGCUUUGGAGUACACCAAAGUGAAGACUGCAGACCAUUUCUGGACGGACCCAUCUGCUGACGAACUCGUACAGCGACAUCGUAUCCACAGCGGCCACUGUCGGCAGGAUUCUCCCUCCAGACGACCUGCCCUGAUCCAGAAGAGGCAGUCCAGCGGUAGCAUGGACGAUCGCCCUCUCAUGUGGGUGAGGGAAUACGUUGAAUCACUCCACCAAAACUCCAGAGCCACACUUCUGUUUGGAAAGAACAAUGUCCUGGUGCAGCCAAGAGAUGACAUGGAGGCGAUCCCAGGCUACCUUUCUCUACAUCAAACUGCGGAUCUUAUGACACUGAAAUGGACGCCCAAUCAGCUGAUGAAUGGCAAUGUGGGGGAGCUGGAUUCGGAGAAAAGUGUUUAUUGGGAUUAUGCCAUGACUAUUCGUUUGGAAGAGAUUGUGUAUCUCCACUGUCAUCAGCAAGUGAACAGUGGUGGGACAGUAGUUUUGGUGAGCCAGGAUGGGAUCCAGAGACCUCCCUUACAUUUCCCCAAAGGAGGCCACCUCCUCCAGUUUCUCACCUGCCUGGAGACCGGCCUGCUACCUCACGGACAACUGGACCCGCCCCUCUGGAAUCAGAGAGGAAAGGGAAAGGUUUUCCCCAAAUUGCGAAAGAGGAGUCCACACGGCUCAUGUGAUUCUGUAUCAGAUAAGGAAGAUGAUGAAGCAACCGAUUAUGUGUUUCGGAUCCUCUUUCCUGGCAAUAGAUGGAUGGCUCUAGAGCUGAUGGACCAGGGUGUGAACAUGUGGCAACCAACCCCCAGGAAGUCUUCGUGCUCCUCUUGCUCACAAAAUGGCUCUUCUGAUGGCUCUCUGCCUAAUGGCUGUAAUCAAGAGAGGGCUCCCUUAAAACUCCUCUGUGACACCAUGAAGUACCAGAUAAUCUCCCGUGCUUUCUAUGGAUGGCUUGCAUACUGCCGUCAUCUGUCAACAGUCCGUACCCACCUCUCUGCUCUGGUGAACACCAGUAUAGUUGACCCUGAUGUGCCCUGUGAUGCCCAAGGAGGCCUCUCUGUGGAGGUGUGGGGCAGGUUCCUCAAGGACAGCUCUGCCUAUGAGGAGAAGGAGAUACACAGGCUUGUGUAUUUUGGUGGUGUGGCCCCUUCACUACGCAAAGAGGUCUGGCCUUUCCUGUUGGGACACUACCAGUUCACCAUGACUGAGAAAUCCAGGCUGGAGAUUGAUGAACAGAUGCGGAUCAUGUAUGAGCAGACUCUGAGGGAGUGGCAGGGCUGUGAGGCCAUUGUCCGUCAGAGGGAGAGAGAGAAACACGCUGAGGCUCUUGCCAGAUGUUUGUCUGGAGCCAGUGUGGAGAGAGGACCAGUGCAGCGGGACUCUACCAUCAGUACAGAUUCGUCUCUGAGUAGCAGCUCAGAUCAACAGAACACCCACUCACAGAGUGAUUCCAGCAGUAGCGCACAGUUAUUUGGAUCAGUCGAAGCAGUGGAUCAGAUUGAGUCUGGGCCCAGGCCUGAGGAAGGAGAAGUCAAGCACAGCAGUCCAGUGAAGGAUAUCUCAAAUGGUACUGCGGACUCGCCACAACUUCCCUCCCUAAACCCCUCCUCUCCAGAUCUGUCUAAUCAACAUCCAGGUUUAGAAAAUAGUACUCCUGUAACAGAGUCAACUGUUGGACCUACAACAUCUCAGCCAUCAGCCGAAGCAUCAGAAGUCUUAAAUGAGAAAAUUACAACUGGAUCACAGCCAGAAGGAACAUAUGUUAUGGACCCAGCAGCCAAGGACAAGAUUUCAGAGACGGAAAAGAUGGAGACAGUUUCAGAACAUGAGGCAGCUGGGGAAACUGGAAGUAGUAGGUCAAAAGAGACAUCUGAAGCUGAAGAAAAACCUGAAGUAGAAGAAAAAGAUAUAACAACAAAUGAGCAAUCUAAAGAUUUAAAAGAGGUAGACACAAAUAUGAAUAUAAGAUCUGCUCCAGAGAACACUAAUGUUCUAAAGCUGGAAAAAGAGAUUCAUAAUGAAUAUUUCCAGGCACCUCCACUUGGGCAGACCUUGACUUUUCAAGUCCACAAGAGCAAAGACUUGGAAGUGGAGCCAUUAUCUCCACCUACAGCAGAAAAAGAUACUAAUCAUCAAAUUGAGAUUUCUGUAAAACCUGAAACGCCUUCUGAAAAGAACCCAUCACAAAUGAUCAAGAGCUGUGCCACAGAGUCAGAAAGAAAGGAAGCUGAAGCAACAGUUUGUGACUUGGCUGAAACCAAAAAGGACAAAGCUGCAGAAAUUCCCUUUGAUAAACCUGGUACAAAUUCACCAGUCAGACAAGUAUUGAACGCUCUCCAGUCAGCGUCGAGGGGGAGCCUUUCAUUAUCAUCCCACUCUCGGCAGUCUCCGGACACGGCAGAUUCAGAUGACUCUCCAUCUGCCCUGGAAAUGGAGGACAUUCCUGCAGGGAUAACAUGUGUGAACUCUGAGGAUAUUAAGGCCAGGCCUUUGGCAGGCCUUGCCGCACCACCAAUCUCUCUGGCACAAAGAGAGAAGAUGGCAUCCGAGGGCCUUGUCCUAGAUCACCAUCUGGACACAGCUUGUAACACCAGUCCUGAGGGCACCGACCUGGGCCUCUCUGAAGAUGAGCCUGAGAUGGAGAAUGUGCUCGCUGAACCAGAGUCCGGAGAUGUGGGAGGAGACACCAAACAUGAUGAAUCCUUGGAGGGACAAACCUAUUCUCAAGAAAUACUGGACAUGUACUUGAUCAACUUACAUCGCAUUGACAAAGAUGUCCGACGUUGCGACAGAACAUAUUGGUACUUCACGCCUGAGAACCUGGAGAAGCUGCGUAACAUCAUGUGCAGUUACGUGUGGCAGCAUCUGGAUACAGGUUACGUCCAGGGCAUGUGUGACCUGCUGGCUCCUCUACUGGUUAUCCUGGAUGAUGAGGUCAUGGCUUUCAGCUGCUUCACUGAACUGAUGAAGAGGAUGAACCAGAAUUUUCCUCACGGAGGUGCCAUGGACUCUCACUUUGCCAAUAUGCGUUCUCUCAUCCAGAUCCUGGACUCUGAGCUGUUUGAACUGAUGCAGCAGAAUGGAGACUAUACCCACUUCUACUUCUGCUAUCGUUGGUUUCUACUGGACUUCAAAAGAGAAAUGGUGUAUGAUGAUGUGUUCUCCGUGUGGGAAACCAUCUGGGCCGCCAAGCACACCUCCUCCGAGCACUUUGUGCUCUUCAUUGCUCUGGCACUUGUGGAGAUGUAUAGAGACAUCAUCCUAGAAAAUAACAUGGACUUCACAGACAUCAUCAAGUUCUUCAAUGAAAUGGCAGAGCGACACAAUGUCCCCCAAGUCCUGAUGAUGGCUCGAGACUUGGUCCACAAAGUUCAGACUCUCAUAGAAAACAAGUGAUUGCACGAUGCUGCUGUAAAACUCCAAUGAUGAUAGAUUGUUUCAGGAUACUGACACAACCACAUGAAAGUCAUGUAUUCAAGAGGAAAGGAAUUGAUGUAAAUGAAAUGCAUUGGUAAGUGCGGGAAAGAUAAUAAAACUGCUCAUUAUUCUUAGAUCAUAUAACAACUUAUCUCCACUUGCCCCUUUCUAUAGUCAGGAAAUUAUUUUAAAAGUGUUAUUGUUCAACUAGUGAAUGUACCCUUGUUGAAACUGCUUCAGGAUGUUAUUUAUUUUUGCCUUAAACUUAGCUAUUUUUUCAGGGAUACAGCAACCAAAUUCUCUACUGUAUUGUUAUUCUUAAAGGUUAAUUUUGUUAAGUUAUACCUACCAUACUUCAUACCAUCUUGCGAUACACUUGAAUAUAUUUUAAGUAUUAUUAUUUUUGCUGAAAUUGUAGCUGCCAUGGUUGAACAUCUUGUGAUACACUUGAAUAUGUUCAGUAUUAAUAUCUGGCGUUAUUAGAUGAUUUGGUUUCGUAAACAUUAAAGGUACUGCCGACCAAGCUGUGGUUGGUUAAUUCUAGAUUGUGUCAAAGUAGCAUGUGUGGUCACUGGUUUGCUUCUUGAGGACCUCCUGCAGGCCUUUCUGAGGCUUGAUGGCUCUCUUUCUGUGUUUGCCUCUGAUGCACACAAGCUAGCAGGAUAUCCUGCCACCUUUCCACUGAAACAUGUAAACUCUGUGCAGUCCGGCAUGAUUGCACAUAGUUUACAUACACAUUAUUACCAUUUCCUCCGUCCCCCCAGUUCUCAUACUGUGUGCUCCUUCCGUCUUGCACCUCCUCUAUGCAUCUGAUGGUUUAUUUUGAGCUGAUGGUGGUACACUCGGUGGCAUGCAGUAAAGGCAGUGUGGUUCCUUUGGGCUCUGCACUUCCCUUUUUUUCUUUCCCCCUGAAGAGUUGCAUAGUUUUCUGCCUCAGUCCUGCCCUGCAGAUCUACAGUAGGUUGCCUUGUCUUUCACACACUCUGGUCAGCUCCUUCUAAAUGCCAAGGCUGGCAACAACAUUCACAGUAAUUGUUACCAUUUCCUGGGGUAACUGUGCAUUUCUCUUCACUAUUACCUCAAGAUUUCCAUGAUCGUACCUGUUAAAAAAACGGUUACCUUCCAUUUGUGGCUGGUACCAGAAUCCCAUUCACAGGUCCACUUUGGCCAUUUCUCGUGCACCUUCCUCAGUUACAUUUUGUGCCCUGUACAGCUAUUUUUUACCCAGAAAGGCCCUUCCACGCUGAUGGGUUUACCUAUUUCAUUUAUUCAUUUGAAAGGACAGUCAAGUUGUGCUCAGCCUGCUCAAUUGGCUCUGGUGCCCUCCAUUUCCUUGGAGAGCUCACUUCUUGGCCAGACAGUAAUGGUCACCAGAUUUACUGCUGCCCACCUUUUGGCUUGAGUGAACGCAUUAACUCCACACUCAAGAGUUUCUGUUUGUUCCACUGUGCACCGUGCUGCUCAGACUGUCAUAACUUGCUGCUUGGAAAAUGUGAUCUUGAUAAAAAAAACCCUUGUCAGGGUUUCACAGCCUUGUAAGCACCGGAAGUAUUACAUUUAAGGGUCACUUCAGUGAUAGCUAUUUAGUGGUAUGUAGCCAUGGAUAUAAUCUUUGUUGUAUGUGUGUACGUUUUGAGAUAUGCGCCAUUGAAUCUUCUGCCCCCAACCUAAGACAUUGGAGGUGAAUGGAAUUUUCAAAUGUUGAAAAUUUCAUACCUUUAAUGGCAAUGAGUCUUUAUAUUGAGACUAUCUCAUAGAAAGCAAUCGCAGUGAAAUCCCAGUAACGUGAAUCUAAUCUGUUUGGCAGAAAUUUCACAUAUUUAGAGAUAUCUCAAAAUAUCAGCAGGUGAAAAUAUAUAUCUACCAGUCUACACACCAACAGAGAUAAGUCAGAAAAUAUAUUUUAUUGGUGCCACUCACAGUUGCAAAAUAGCCAAAGCACACCCAUGUUUGGUUCACUGUGGCUUAAAUUCCAGUGCUUUGAUAUCACUGCUAACGUGUCUCCACGUGAUCUUCAAAAACAUGCCUGAGUAUUGCUGUUUGUGUAUUGCUGUGUGUGUUGUCAGAAGAUUUACUGUAUACAAUGUGUUAAAAAGGAACUGACUUAUUGUACAAAAAAAAAAAACCAAGCUAGUACAUAUUUAUUAAAUGCAAUACAAUGUCUGUACAGUAUAUGGGCUUUAUCUGAUUAUAAUGAACAGAAAGAUAAAAGUAUGCCAUUGGAAAUAAAUAUAUUUUUAUUUUCUGUGUCUUCUCAAAUUGUCAC